GGAGAGAGCAGCGGAGGAUUUCACACUCAAAUGUAUUUUACCUUCUCUCUCUUUUUGAGCUGUUGAAUGUUUGAGCCCUGAGGGAUGAACCUGGAGAAAGUGUUAUAGCAGAAUGUUCCUAUACCAGUAGACCUUUCAUUGUUGGAGUAACCAUCUGAGGAACUGGGUUGGAAUUAAAUUCAGCACCAGGAACAGCUAAGGAUAGAAAAAAGUUUCAAAAUUGGGACAUAGGACGGCUGCUUGAUUUGUCAUUGGAAUACACUGACAGUAUUUGCACUGGUAACAAUAAGGAAAGUGUUUAUUUUAAUUGUAUUUAUUUAUUUAUCUACCUGGACAUCUGUAUAGGAAGAAACGUGAAAGAGAGGACUCUCAGAUUUGUCAUUGCAAUUCAUUGACUUUCAGUACAAUAACUGCUCUAGCUACCAACAAACAGGAGGAACAGAAGGACAUCUCUUUUUGUGUAGAGACCUGGUAGACCAGGUACCAGAGAGCCCCAUUUCCCAGGAGGGCUCCCCUUCCUGCCCUCCCAGCCUCCCCUGUCCCCAGCAGCAUGUCCCAGGCUGUGUGGCUGCUUCCAGUCCUCCCCACACAACUCUACCAUGAGCACAUGGGCUGCUGGAGGGAGUAAGGCUGCCUCUGCCUGGUCCACCUCUGGGUAUUGGUUUAGGUCUGGCUCUGGGUCCAAGUUUAGGUCCGGUUCUGGGACUGGGUCUGGGCUAAGGUCUGGCUCCAGCUCCAUCUCUGGGUCCUCCUUUUCCAGCCUGUCCCUGUCUCUGCUGCUAGCACUGCUGCUCUCCCUUUCCCUCCCUUUGGUUGUCUGUCAUCAACCUCCCUACAGAGGCAGGCUCCAGUACCCCAUCCCCAACAGCACUCUUAGUGCCCCAGUGAACAGUUCCCUGGCUGGGUCCAGGGUUGGAGGAACUGGGCAGACUGGGGGUCCCUUAGGGAGGACAGGGGGUCCACUGGGGAGGCAUGUACGCAGCUACAACCACCUGCAGGGAGAUGUGCGGCGAAGGAAGCUCUUCUCCUUCCAGAAGUUCUUCCUGCGGAUCGAUAAGAAUGGCAGAGUCAACGGGACCAAGAGCAAAGAUGACCCCCUCAGUAUUCUGGAGAUCACGUCGGUGGAUGUGGGGGUGGUGGCUAUCAAAGGACUGGGCAGUGACUACUACCUGGCUAUCAGCAGGAAGGGAGAGCUGUACGGAGCGAGAGAGUUUGGCAUUGACUGCACACUGAAGGAGCGUAUUGAGGAGAAUGGCUAUAACACCUACGCCUCAGCCGAGUGGAUGAACAAGAAGAGACAGAUGUUUGUGGGCCUGAGUGUCCAAGGGAGGCCACUGAGAGGGAAGAAAACACGGAGGAGGAAUACAGCCACACAUUUCCUCCCGAUCAUGGUGUGAUGAUGAGGAGCUUUUCACUGGACUAGACCCUGUGGGAGAGCUAUUCAGCACUGAACAAUCUUUCAACUAAGGAUAACAAAGGACUCUAAUCUGAACUAAAAUACAUAUUUUCUCUAAGGAAGUUACUUAACUCUGCAGAUGCUGCCUCCCACUGGGAACGGACGUCUAUUCCACGUUGGUUCAAUGUAAUUUCAUUGAAAUUACGUGGAAACAACGUUGAUUCAACCAGUGUGUGCCCAGUGGGAUGCUUCUGACUUUGCUUGAGAUAGUUUAUUGGUUUGGGGAUGGACAGUGUUUUCUGUGGCACAGGGUGAAAUAUGAACCCUAUUCUGUGCCAAAUCAUUGGAAAGAGGUGGACUGAAGGAGGAUGUGGCAUGGGGGGACAAAGUAGGAGGCUGUUUCACACAUCAAGCGGAUGAACUGAGGAAGCACUGGUUUUGUAUGUACAAAACACUUGUUCAAACUGUUAUUCAUGGUUCGCAAUCGCAUUUCAAUAAUCUGAACAGGUUUUGAAAUGAAGAAGAAGGGCUAACAGAUCAGUAAAUGCGAAAAACUGGAGAGAAAAAAACUAUUAUUCUUAUUGAGCAAGAUCCUAGUGGUCAUUUCAAGCCUGAAACCAUAACAAAAGUGAAUACAGGGAAUGAAAAAUCUAAUGUAUGAUACUUAACCACUGAGUUUUGACUGUGUUGAAGUAAAUUAUUUAUUUUGUGUCAUAUUUAACUGGAGGUGGAAAGAAGGUGAACAUUUAUUUGCAUUCUUUACACCUUAUCAUGUCUAUAAGAGAA